UUUGAACUUUGGUGUUCGCCUUGAGAGAUCCCAAGCGGUCGGCCGGGCGAAGACCAUGGACGAGACCUUCAGCAUAGAGGAAACAAGUCCCGAGCCCCCAGAUCUGCGGCAUGACGUCUCAGGUGGUUCAUUGCCAGAGCCGUCAGAAAUGGACCCUCCGAGGAAGCGUCGGCGAAGAAAACACAAGCGGAAGCGAGUUGUCUUGGCCCCGGGAAAUUUCCUUUCUGGAUUCUUUUUUACUUGGGUGUUCCGACUAGUGCAGAUGACACGAAGCAUGGAAGAUGCAGGAAACCUGUCUCUCCAUUUGAGGUCGUCUGAGAGUGCGAAAGUGACCGGUGACGACCUAGAAAAGACCUGGAGAGCGGAACUUGGCCGACAAACUGGGACGGCGUCACUUCUCCGGGCACUUCACCGAGCGUUCGGCCUUCGAUACUAUGCGCUAGCUCUUUGGAAAUGUUCAUGGGCUGCGUUUACGUGGCUUGGCGCCUAUUGGUUGCUGAAGCAACUCGUGCUUUAUUGUGAGACUUCGGGCCCUGUCUGGCGAGGACAUCUGUAUGCCGUGGGCCUGUUCAUCAGUCAUGGGUUGGGAUCGCUGUGCUUCCAUCAACUUACAAUACAAUGCACUCGUAUUGGAAUUCAGUGUCGAGCGGCCCUCAUGGUUCUGAUAUAUCGAAAAUCACUGCGAUUAAGUUAUGUAAGGGGCGGCGUCGGUGAUAUCGUGAACCUGAUCUCGAACGAGUGCAACCGGGUAGCUGAAGCGGCGGUGAAUUGGCAUUUUGCGUGGUCUGCUGGUAUUGAGUGUUGCGUCAUAAUUGCUCUCGCUGCGGUGGAGGUGGGCGUAGCAGUUCUUCCGGCGAUGGUACUGGUACUAUUUAUGCUCCUCCCACUGCAAUAUAUCCUUGCCAAGCGGGCCUCGACGAUUUCAUACAAAACCACUGCCCUGUUCACAAAACGGGUUCAUCUAAUGUCAGAAAUAUUCACGGUGAUCAGGCUGAUAAAAUCAUAUGCGUGGGAGAGCUUCUACGAGGAAAAGAUUACUGCUGCCCGAAAGAAGGAAAUUGGACAAAUGCGUAAAGCUCUCACAAUGAAGAUCGGAAAUUUCAUUGUGGUCUUCAUCGCCCCUGUCGUUGCUGUUUUAGCAUGCAUGACAACGUAUCAUUUCAUACAUGGUGCUCGCUUUGAGGCCGCAACUGUCUUCACCAUACUAUCAUUAUUCAAUACGCUUCGAUAUCCUCUGUUGAUGUUACCGUCAGCUGUUAGGACCAUAUCAGGUGCCCAAAACUCUGUCCAGCGCUUGGAAGAGUUUUUCAUGCUACCGGAGAUAGACGCAGCGCCAAAAUUGGAACCCCAUCCGUCGGAUGCGGAUAUCUGCAUGGAAAUUAAAGGCGCCGACUUCAUGUGGGACGGUGAUAUAGAUCACCCACAUAUCGAAAAACUCGAUUUGGUCCUCCGACGACGCCAACUGAUCGCGGUGGUAGGGGACCUUGGAUCGGGAAAGUCACUACUGGCCGCUAUUAUGGGGCAGAUUAAGCGAACAGCUGGCUCUGUAUCUACCUACGGCACGUGUGGCUACGUGCCGUUGGAACCAUGGCUACUAGACAACGCUUCGCUCCGUGAUAAUGUAUUGUUUGGUGUUGAGUCGGACGAGGGCCGUUAUCAUGAAGCCGUGCGCGUCGCCGGACUUAUGCAAGACUUCAUUUCGCUACCAAAUGGCGAUGAAGAGUUUGUGAGCGAGCUGGAGCUGACCAGAAGUCAACGGCAGCGAAUUUCUCUCGCCCGAUGUUUGUAUCAUCAACCGGAUAUCGCGCUCUUGGAGGAUUGUCUUACUGAUUUCGACACGAAGAACGCCAAAAGAAUAUUUACUGACUGUGUGAAGGGGCAUAUGCUCAGUAAGAUGGCAGUGGUGAUGGUAACGCAACAGAAACAGUUCCUUUCUGAGUGCGACAUGAUAUUGGUGAUGAAAUCUGGAACAGUUGUCGAGCAGGGGACAUUUGACGAACUGAAGGCGCGGAAUGUGAUUUUCAAUGUGUGGGCGACCGAUCUCAUACAGCCGGAUGAUGAUACAAUAGUCCUCUCCGACAUAAAGCCCGCUGAAAGCUUGGGGCCACACAUUCCCAAACCUAAGCGCCCCCCUCCCCGAAAACGAAGCCCUCUCGCAACCGCGGAAGUCAUAACGGCGGAGCAAACAGAGAACACACGGCCACCUGUUGAUGCCUCUGGGCCCGAUCUAAGCUCCGUUGAUCUGACUAUUCGCCGCCUGAACCAACUACGUGGAAUUGAGCCGAUCACAGACCACACAAUAUCUCAAAUUAUUGAGCGAAAUCAGUUGUCUGUAUUGACUGGAACUCCCAGCCGGCCACCUGUCAACUUUGCAAAUCAAGAUGUGGUGACGCGAACAAUCGAGGCCAAUCAACUCACAGUGCAUGCGGUGCAAACUUAUGAUACUGUUGGCCCCACAGCAACUUCCGGGCUGAUAGAUCCAUCUCCUGAGUCGCAGCAUCCACUGCGUCCAUACGUGCAGUAUCUUCAGGAAGCUGACGGAAUCCUGGCAGGAGCAAUUGUCGUCGGAUCGUUCUUUGUAGUCGCCACCAUUCGGGUCCUUAGCGAUGUUUGGGUGGCGUGGUUCGUGGAAGGCAAAUACUCCUUGUCGGAGGGACUGUAUAUUGGGAUAUAUGCUUUAUUUUGCUCAGCCAUCGCUGUGGGCGUUUUGGUGCGCGGGUACGCAUUUUCUGCCGCUGUACUGAGCCGAAGCAUAUCACUACAUAAUCGGGUGCUCCAGGCCGUACUUCGUGCUCCUCUGUCAUUUUAUGAAGUGACACCAUUAGGCCAAAUUCUGUCACACUUCGCUCGCUACCUCUAUAUGAUCGAUGAUUUUCUUCCGGAGGCAGCCUUGCAGGCCCUUUCUUUCGGCCCCAUCGUCUUCGGAACUGUAAUCCUUGUGUCGGUGGUCACCCCAUGGUUUUGGGCAACCCUACCAGUAUAUUUCUUCCUGGUGGCGUGUUUGAUUCACUUUUGUGGUGACACGGAAGCCAAGUUCAAACGUCUAGAAGCCAGCAACAAGUCACCAAUGUUUGCGCACUUAUCAAGCACGCUGGAAGGACUUUUUAGCAUUCGCCUGUAUCACGCUGAGGAUCGGUUUGAUACCUUCAAUAGAACAUUAAUAGAUUCCGACCACAAAGCGCUGUACUCAUUGAUGCUAGUGAAGACCCUGCUGGCUCUUUACUUGGAUUUAAUAGCGUCUCUAUUUGUGUAUAUCUGUGCACUUUUCGUAGUGCUCUUCGAUGUUGGACCCUCUCAAGCAGGCUUGGCGGUGUCCAAUGCCCUCCAGUUACUCCUCUUUCUGCAAUGGUUCGUUCGAAUUCUGGGCGAAGUACAUGGAACGAUGUCAAGCGUGUCGGCCGUUGUGAACUUUGCCGAAUGUUGUCCAUAUGAGAGGGAUGCACGCGGAAAUCAUCCUCCGCCAGAAUGGCCAUUGCACGGAGAGAUUGAAUUCAAGAAUGUGGUUCUGCGAUAUAACCGCUAUGGAGUUGCGGUUCUCAAGAAUGUGACAUUCCGGAUUGCACCUGGAGAAAAGAUUGGUGUUGUCGGACGAUCUGGGUCUGGGAAGACGACCUUACUAGUGUCACUGUUGCGAAUGGUCGAGCUGUCGGAGGGCGACAUUCUCAUUGAUGGGAUUGAUAUCAGCAAAUUGCGCCUCGCUGAUUUAAGGAGUCGUAUCGCCAUCAUCCCGCAGGAGCCAAUUCUGUUGACUGGAACAAUUCGAUCAAACUUGGAUCCCUUCAGGACCUGUCUUGAUGAGGAGCUUUGGAAAGCUCUUCAGGCAGUUCACCUCGGGCAGAAGAUUGAAGAAAUGCCUGCUAAGUUGGAGACACCCAUCACUGAAAACGGGAAGGCGUUUACUCUCACUGAGAGGCAACUAUUUUGCAUUGCGCGAGCAAUCAUCAAUAAAUCAAAAGUGGUUGUCCUAGAUGAACCUGUAAUGUCUAUGGGUCACGAGGCAGACAACCUUAUCCAUUCGGUUAUUGCAACAAACUUUGAAAGUUGCACCGUUAUCGUCCUCGCUAGCCGGUUCCGAUUCAUUGUUCAAAUGGACCGAAUCAUGGUUAUGUCCCGCGGGCGGGUGGUUGAGUUUGAUACUCCCAUCUCACUUCUGAACGAUCCAAAAAGCAAGUUCUCGCUGAUGGUGUCGCAAACAGGGGAGAUGGACCCUGUGAGAUUGCGAAAGAUUGCAAUGGCGAAGGGAAAAAUGCCGCCAAGCAAGGUACUGGUCGAUAUGGGCAAUGACUCCGGCGAAGUUUCGCAGAGAGAACCUGUUCGUCCGUUUGCACCUGCUUUACGGUUCCGACCGCCGUCUCCCGAUACGAGUCAAGACAUCGACAAGAAUCGCAUGCCAAAGAGCCUGAAGGACCUAUUUAAGAUGGCUGCUCAAGACGGGACAACCCAUUCACGGAUGGUACCAAGACCGCGAGGGCAAGGUGGAAUCUUCCCAGAAAGGGGUACUAGUUCAGAGUCAUUGGGCGAAUCAGAUUCGGGAAGAUCUAUGGAUGGAACAUCUUCAACGGAGGCUCUUCUACCUGCGCAGCACGCACGGGACUUUUAGAAAAGAAGAGGUCCCUACAUCCACGCAUACCGAUGCUGACCGCAGGAGCUUCAUGUUACAUAAUUUCAAUGCUGUAUCAUAUUGUACGUACGGAUAAUACCCUAAUACAAGACGGAUGUAUUUAGGCAAAAAAGCAAGGUCGGAAGGGGUAGUGUCGUGCCCAGGACGAGGGAGGGCGAGAUGGCGUGAAAGGCAGAGGUUGUGGAAAUGGAAUUAAGUUCCAUGCAUUGGCGCAGAACAACUGCCAAUAUAUACAAUUCUUCCUGAUGCGUAAUAGAAUAUCAUUCACUCUGAUUGUUAAAGUGACGGUGGUUGCUUU